AUGGAUAAUUGGAUCGUGCGGCGCAAACACUGGAUCUCCGGCCUGUUUGAGCUGUUACUGCCUAUAAUAAUGGGCGCCGCGAUCGCCGGUGCGUUCGUCAAUAGCAACUCAUUGGACAAAAACAGCUCGAGCGGGUCCGGUGGCGGCACCGGGUGGCAGCCGCCCACCUAUUACAAGCCGUCCGACCCGUACAACAUGAGCAAUUUGCUACACAGCAAGUGGAGCAUGCAACUUAGCAUAUACUAUUCGCCCAAUACCAGCGUGGUGACCAACAAAAUAAUGAGCAAGUUCGUUGAGCGAUAUAACUUUACGGACGAUGACCAUGUUCGGGGCACGAUCGGCAAGUUUGGCAGUUUCGCUACGGAGGCCGAGCUCGAGCAUCAUCUAUACGUGAGCUCCGGGUCGCGGGCUAUAGGGUUGGUGUUUAUGGACAUCGAUAGCGACCCGAAUGCAUUAAAACUCAAGAUACGUCCCACCGGUUACCCCAUGGUCGAUUUGGUCGGUUUGAAGCAUCCGAAUGAAAAUAAUGGCCCGUCGAGGUAUGAUAAUGGCCAAGAGUACGAAGAUGAAUUCAGCCGCGUCCAGGUGGCCGUGUACGAGCUGUACGCCGACUAUCUGGCCAAUCGGGCCGAUGAUGAUCAACCCUCGGCCACAGGCGUGACCGGUGUGCACAUUCAACGGCUACCCUAUCCCGAGUUAGGUAAGGGUAGGCACAGGCAUAAAGUGGUAGUUAAAGGGCAUGGGGUGGGCAGUAACAGUGGAAUGAACGCAUUGGAAAUGCUGGGAGUGAUAUAUAUCUUCUGCGUUGGCUUCGGUGGCCUACCGUUUGUUGUCUAUAGCAACCCAUUUAUGCUGUUAAUCGCCCUGGUGCUAUUUAAUAUAACCACCAUAUUAAGUUGUAUGCUAUUAACCACCGUGUUCAAUCGCCCGGUGAUCGGUGUAGUGGUCAGUGUUGUGUUGUUUGAGAUCUCGCAUACGUUGCCAAUGGGUUUAUUGAGUAGAAUGUUUAACCAGGACAUGGAUGUCGAGGGCACCACCGGUUGGCGUAUAUUAACCUGUUUUCUGCCCAACUCAGGCAUGCAAUGGUAUUUCUCAGUUAUGGGCGAAUGGGAAACCCGUGGUCAGGCACUGUCCUGGGAUAAUAUGUGGUCGGAUGCGCCCAAAUAUGGUCAUUUUAGCGGCGGUUUAGUCCUAUUACUGCAAUUAAUGUCUAUAUUUUUCUACGCCUUGCUCAUAUGGUACGUGGACAAUGUAUGGCCAUGGCAGUUUGGCAUACCUAAACCUGUGUACUAUCCGUUUUUGCCCUCGUAUUGGUUUCCAAACCAGAGUAAAAUUAUGGGCGAAUGGGAAACCCGUGGUCAGGCACUGUCCUGGGAUAAUAUGUGGUCGGAUGCGCCCAAAUAUGGUCAUUUUAGCGGCGGUUUAGUCCUAUUACUGCAAUUAAUUUCUAUAUUUUUCUACGCCUUGCUCAUAUGGUACGUGGACAAUGUAUGGCCAUGGCAGUUUGGCAUACCUAAGCCCGUUUACUAUCCAUUUUUGCCCUCGUAUUGGUUCCCAAACCAGAGUAAAAGUCAGGAAAUUUAUUCAUCAAAAGACAAUGAAAAUAGAAAUGUAAAGCACUUUGAAAGAGAGCCAUUGAAUACAAAGGUUGGCAUAAAGUGUGAGAAAUUGCAUAAAAUGUUUGGCAAUAAGACGGCUGUCGGCGAUAUGUCUCUCAACAUAUAUGGCGGACAAAUAACUGUACUGUUGGGCCAUAACGGCGCCGGAAAGACCACUACAAUGAAUAUGAUUACCGGUAUAUUCCCGCCCACUUCGGGCACAGCAUAUAUCAGUGGAUAUGAUAUCAGACAACAGACUCGGAGGGCUCGCAAAAGCCUGGGUUUGUGUCCACAGGAAAACAUUUUGUACAGUGAGUUGGAUGUGAGCCAACACUUGAAACUAUACGCUAUACUGAAAAGCCAUCCCUGGGCUGAUGUGGACAAUGAAGUGCAAAAAAUCACAGCUUUGGUUGACUUAACAGAUAAGGCAAACACUAUGUCUACAGAUCUGUCCGGUGGUAUGAAACGUAAGCUAUCACUCGGUAUUGCAUUAAUAGGCAAUACAGAGAUCCUAAUACUGGAUGAGCCGACCUCUGGUAUGGAUCCGGAGGCGCGAAGACAUAUGUGGGAUGUCUUACAAAAUAUCAGAUCCGAAAGGACUAUAUUAUUGACCACUCAUUACAUGGAAGAGGCGGAUGCUUUGGCCGAUAGGAUCGCUAUUAUGAGUGAAGGAGAAGUGAAAUGCUGUGGAAGUCCUAUGUUUUUGAAGAAAGCAUUCGGCGCCGGAUAUCACCUCCGGAUCGCUAAGAACCGGGAGUUUAACAGCCAAUCGGUGCUCAAUAUUAUACGCAAAACAAUGCCAAACGCGGACAUAAAAAGUGAGAUCAACUCAGAGAUCAUAUACUCGUUGGAAGACAGCGACGAACGCGAGAGGAAUGACACCCAAAACGAAACCAAUGGUCAACUGAUCCAACUCUUCACGCAUUUAGAGGCCAGAAAAUACGAGUUAAACAUUGAAACCUAUGGCCUGACUGUCACCACAAUGGAGGACGUCUUCCUCCGAGUGGGCAAUGAAUAUAUGGACAACUCUUCUGCCGAUGAGAUGAGUAAAGCGUCCACUAAUUCACUGCAAGACGCGGACUUAUUGUCGCAUAAUAUCCGUCGAAAUACUGGUAAUAAACUAAAGGCACAACAGUUUUGGGCGCUUUUGCUGAAGCGUUUCCACUACGCGAAGAGGUAUUGGCCAAUGAUUGUCCUCCAGACAGUACUUCCGGCCAUACUAUUCAUGUGUAUCCUAUUGUUGGAUCAGUCGCUGAAGAAGUCAACGGUACAGACGUCUACCAAAAACCUUGAGUUAAACUUGAAGUCAGUCUACGGCCAGACCGAGGGUUUCAUACAGUCGUCGAGUGCGGCGUUUAAGCCGUUGACCGAUAAAUACAUUCAAGUGUCCAAAACUCAGGACAUGACCGCAACAGAGAUCACAGAAAACCCCAAUACUUGGGCCCUAUCUGGCAAUAGAGGUGACGAUAUCAGCAAAUAUAUCAACACUUAUUUAGUCGGCGCUCAGAUCAACGACACGGCCGACGACACCACGAAUACCGGUGAACCCGAGCUAAUAUUGAAGCCCUGGUAUAAUCAGGAGGCCAUACACUCACUCCCGGUGUCCAUCAAUUUCCUAUACGAAACACUAUUGAAACAGAAAUUCAAUAAUAAAAAACCAUCGAUCACACUAUACAACCAUCCGGUAUUAUAUGAUCAAAGCGGAAAUAAGAUGACCAUGAUUAGUGUGACUAUGAUGGUCACGUGUCUACUGCUGGUGCCCCUAACGGUGCCAUUUAUCGGCGCCUCGUAUGCAUUGUUCCCAAUCCAUGAGCGCAUCACUCAAUCAAAACUAUUGCAGUUAAUGAAUGGCAUAUCUGUUCACACGUUUUGGGCGGCGAGUUAUCUCUUUGAUAUCAUUAACCACUUGUUGGCCAGUAUUAUACUCUUCAUUGUAUUUGCCAUUUUUGAUUUCGAUAAAAUCUUCAUGGGCAAUGCGAGCAACGCGGGCGGACUAUUCAUAUUAUUCCUGGCGUUUGGUCUGUCGGCCAUACCGUUAGCCUAUCUGUUCUCACUUCGACUCAAACAGCCCUCAACUGGUUAUGCAGUUCUGGUCGUCGUAUACCUGCUCUCAGGUAUCGCUCUCUCAUUGAUUGUGUUCUUUGUGUCAAUGCAAGCGCCGAAAGCGGCCGACGCUCUCGAAGGUGUGGCCAAUAUUAUGCCCGUCUAUGCCAUGAGUCACGGCAUACAGAAGCUGUACAAACUGGGCUCAUACGGUGACGCGUGUGGCAAAUUGACCAGGGAGUUUUUGGCCCGACGUUGUGAUGAUAAUCAAAAAAUUAGCGGCGAUAAUGACGAGUAUUGGGGCUGUUGUAGGACUCUAUGCGAACCCACACAUGAGUGUUACGAUCAGCGCAAUGCUUUUCAAUGGGGCAAACAUGGUAUUGUCACCGAAUUGGUGUACUUGAUUGUGACAGCAGUUAUAUAUACGGCUCUCCUAUCGCUAAUUGAAGGCAAUUUUCAACGAUUAAAAUACAUGUUUAAUAAGAACUCAAAGACAACGGCUGUGGUUAACAACGGGUACAGCACUGGACAGCAAAGUGUUGUGUUGAAUGUGGGCAACAAUGGCUAUGGUAUGCCAUUCGCAGUCCAACAAAUGGUAGACUCGGAUGUUUUGGCCGAAAAGCAGCGCAUCGAUGGUCUGGUGGGCGCCCAGAGUGUGACCAGUGAUGCGAUUGUUGUGCAAAAUCUGUGCAAAACAUUCAAAGCAUUUCCAGCCGUCGAUAACCUCUCGUUUGGUGUCCAUAAGGAGGAGUGUUUCGGACUGUUGGGAGUGAACGGCGCCGGAAAGACCACAACCUUUCGUAUGCUUACGGGCGACGAGAGUCUGACGGGAGGCCAGGCCUGGAUCGGCUACUUAUCUCUCAGACAGGACUUACAACACUUUCAACGAGAGGUCGGCUAUUGUCCACAGUUUGACGCUUUGCUCAACAAAAUGACGGGAAUUGAGACGUUGUUUAUGUUUUGCCGGUUAAGGGGUAUGACUGAGGAUAUGAUACCCACUUAUGAGGAGUGUUUCGGACUGUUGGGAGUGAACGGCGCCGGAAAGACCACAACCUUUCGUAUGCUUACGGGCGACGAGAGUCUGACGGGAGGCCAGGCCUGGAUCGGCCGGUUGUCACUCCGGCACGACUUACAACACUUUCAACGAGAGGUCGGCUAUUGUCCACAGUUUGACGCUUUGCUCAACAAAAUGACGGGAAUUGAGACGUUGUUUAUGUUUUGCCGGUUAAGGGGUAUGACUGAGGAUAUGAUACCCACGUAUGUGAAGGAUCUGACAGCUAUGGUAGACCUGACCCCUCACGUCCAUAAAUGCACCGAAACCUAUAGCGGCGGUAAUCGACGCAAACUAUCGCUGGCUAUAGCCCUGUGCGCCGCACCGGCCGUCAUAUUCUUAGGUAGAGUUACCACAAAUGAGCCGACCUCUGGUGUUGACCCAUCGGCCAGACGUAAGAUAUGGUCAACUCACCGUAGUGAAGUCGCGUAUAUACCGAGCCGUAAGCAUGACUGCAGUGUGAGCUACCUUCUCACGCUUCGGGACACGCGAGCCCACCGGUUUAUGGUCAACGGACAGCUCCAGUGCUUGGGAUCUGUUCAACACCUCAGACACAAGUUUGGACAGGGAUUCACUAUUUUGGCUAAACUCCGGAGGGAUAUGACUGAAGAUCCCUCUUAUAUGGCAUCCAUCGAGCAGUUUGUGCGCCAAGAGAUGCCGUCGGCUGUCCUGAAGGACGUCCAUCAAUGUCUACAAGUAAUAGUGUAUUGUCUAGGUGUCUACAACACCAGCUUCUACAAACGUGAGUACCUUCUGUACUUUGUGGCGAAGAGAGAGCUCCUGAUGUGGUAUUCACUGUGGUGA